GAUGGUAUCGAUUGGAGCUCUGCUAGCGCUCUAAACUGGACCCAUACAGACAAAGAGAAAAUCUCCCUAGAUGACUCUUGUUUUUGCGUUGACUUGAGUAACAGACAACAGUGACUUUUCAAAUCGACUCUUUGCAGCUCGUUUACAAGAAGUUCACUGACUGUAAGGCGAACUCGGCUGACUGACAGUUGGACACAGAGUUAUUGAGAUAACAUACCUGAAAAUGUUAGUACUGCUGUGUAUCACAAUAACAUGGUCAGCAUUGUGGGUGUUCGUGCUUCUGGGAAGAGACGAGCGGGAUUUGAUUUGCAAAAUGUCGUGGAUGCGUACUUUUCUGCUUCAGUAUAAUCCCGGGCACACGUGAUGCGCAAAUCACUUUUGUAGCAACAUCUCUCAUUUGUCAGGGGAAAUCUGUGCGUUUUUCUUAAGCCGGAAGCUUAACAUAUUUGAAUUUUUUUUUUUUUUUUUUCGUUUUCCUUUUCUUUCAUCUUCUUCUUUUUAAUUCACACAUUGCUUUACCAGCAUCAUCACCCGCGCACCAUGCCAACUUUUGCUCCCGUUGCGUUUGUUUCGUAGUGGAGAGAAUUGGGAACUGUGGAUGCCUGAAUGAAUGGGGAUCGUGCUUUGUGAAGGUUUCAACUGUCGACAUCCUGCCAAUUUUAUGUGCUUGCCCAGACAAUUGAGUGUUUAUCGUCCUCAUUCGUAUAUCCGUUUUGAGCCAAGAACAAAUAGACAACAGAGAUCGCGUCAUAUUAGACCGCCAAUGUCGAAGAAACGCAAAACUCCAGACGACGGUGGUGGUGGCGGUGGGGAGCUUGCGGGCACUGAGGAUUCCCUUCAACAAGGUCUGACGGAUGAGAAAGUGAAGGCGUAUCUUUCCCUCCACCCGCAGAUGCUGGAUGAGUUUGUGCUGGAAAGCGUGAGUGCGGAGACGGUAGACAGAUGGCUGAAACGGAAGAACAGCAGUCAGCCUGCAGAUGACUCCUCAGCUAAAGAAGUUAGCAGGCAGUACCAGGACACGAAUAUGCAGAGCGUUGUAUAUGAGCUCAACAGCUACAUGGAGCAGCGGCUGGACACUGGAGGAGACAACAAACUACUGCUCUAUGAGUUGUGCAACAUCAUCAAAACAGCCACAAAAGCUGAUGGAUUUGCACUUUACUUCCUUGGAGAAUGCAACAAUAGUUUAUGUUUGUUCACUCCGACGGGGGCAAAAGAGGGGCUUCCUGGGCUCAUCCCCUCUGGUCCCAUCACGUUUGGGACCACCAUCGCCGCUCACGUUGCAAAGACACGCAAGACACUACUAGUAGAGGACAUCAUGGGGGACGAGAGAUUCCCUCAUGGCACAGGGCAGGACUCAGGGAUCCGUGUACAUUCUGUUUUGUGUCUACCCAUCCUCACCGCCAUCGGAGACCUCAUUGCUAUCCUGGAGCUGCACCGCCACUUGGGCAGAGAGCCCUUCAACCUCAGCCACCAGGAGGUUGCAACAGCAAAUUUGGCCUGGGCAUCUGUAGCCAUACACCAAGUUCAGGUCUGCAGAGGUCUCGCCAAACAGACGGAACUCAACGACUUUCUCCUAGAUGUGUCAAAAACGUACUUUGACAACAUAGUGGCAAUAGAUUCUCUACUUGAACAUAUCAUGAUAUAUGCAAAAAACCUGGUUAAUGCGGACAGAUGUGCGCUUUUCCAGGUGGAUCACAAUAACAAAGAGCUGUACUCUGACUUGUUUGAUAUCGGGGAGGAGAAUGAAGGGAAACCCGUCUUUAGGAAAACCAAAGAAAUUAGGUUUUCUAUAGAGAAAGGAAUAGCAGGUCAGGUGGCACGAACGGGAGAAGUUUUGAAUAUUCCGGAUGCCUAUGCAGACCCUCGUUUCAACAGAGAAGUAGAUCUCUAUACCGGCUACACGACGCGGAAUAUCCUGUGCAUGCCCAUAGUCAGCCGCGGGACUGUGAUUGGUGUUGUACAAAUGGUGAACAAGCUGGGAGGAAGUGCCUUCACUAAAACUGAUGAGAACAACUUUAAGAUGUUCGCCGUCUUCUGUGCUUUGGCCUUACACUGUGCAAAUAUGUAUCACCGGAUAAGACAUUCAGAGUGCAUUUACCGGGUGACAAUGGAGAAGCUUUCGUACCACAGCAUCUGCACAUCAGAGGAGUGGAAGACCCUCACACAACUCUCCCUCCCUACAGCCAUAUAUAAAGAGAUCGAACUGUUUCAUUUUGACAUUGCCCCUUUUGAGGAAAUGUGGCCUGCAAUAUUUGUAUACAUGGUUCACAAUUCUUGUGGGAAAAACAGCUUUGAGCAGGAGAAACUGUGUCGCUUCACUAUGUCAGUGCGGAAAAAUUACAGACGAGUUCCAUACCACAACUGGAAACACGCUGUGACGGUGGCACACUGCAUGUACGCCAUUCUGCAAAAAACCACUGGGAUAUUCACAGAGCUUGAGAGGAAAGGGUUGCUGAUUGCCUGCUUGUGUCAUGACCUGGACCACCGCGGCUACAGUAACAGUUAUCUGCAGAAGUUUGACCAUCCGCUGGCCGCCCUAUAUUCCACAUCCACAAUGGAACAGCAUCAUUUUUCACAGACAGUGUCCAUCCUGCAGCUGGAAGGGCACAAUAUUUUCUCCAACCUGACUUCCAGUGAGUAUGAGCAGGUGCUGGAGAUCAUCAGGAAGGCCAUCAUUGCUACAGACCUCGCUCUGUACUUCGGCAACCGCAAGCAACUGGCUGAACUGCUGGCCACAGGGGCGCUGGACCUGAACAACCGUGCUCACAGAGACCGUGUGAUUGGUCUGAUGAUGACUGCCUGUGAUCUCUGCUCUGUUACCAAACUAUGGCCUGUCACACGACUCACAGCCAAUGACAUCUAUGCUGAGUUCUGGGCUGAGGGGGAUGAAAUGAAGAAGAUUGGAAUGCAGCCCAUCCCCAUGAUGGACAGGGAUAAAAAGCAUGAGGUUCCCCAGGGACAGGUGGGAUUUUACAAUGCAGUGGCAAUUCCCUGCUACACCACCCUGUCAGAGCUGUUUCCUCCCUCCAGUCCUCUGCUAACAGCUUGCAGGGAAAACCUGGCCCAAUGGGAACGAAUUGUUCGAGGAGAAGACAUCUCUACAUGGGCUUCCACUGAGGAGGCCGAAUUGAGCGAGACAUCAGAUAGUGGACCAGUGAAAGUGGACAACUGAAUCUGUGGCACCUAUCCCACAACACCACCUACACCCUGCCAGAGACGCUGGACUUCCUGUGGACAGUCCCACAUCCUGCAGAGACAGGAGGAAGUGCAGAGGGCAGGCGGGGACGGAUACAUUCAGAAAAAUAAACAAAACAUAAUGUUACCUCAGUGGGUGACGGAGGCGUACACUCUAAUGACAUCAGGGCUCCCUUGUUUGAUGGCUGGGACUCAAGUCCACUCUGUGUGGGAUCACUUCAGCAGAAUGGGCGUCAUUAUUGACAGUACUUUUCCUUAGGAGGUUGCUUCUGCAUCUUUUCUUUUAGGUGAUUAUUUUUCUUUUUUUCUGUUUCUUUUGUGGUCUUACAUUUGAAGAGGCCUUAAAUACGAACCUGAGUUACGAUCUGGUUGAGUGACUCGUAACUAGAAGAUGGUUCGUCUAGUUUAAUAUGGUACUUUUUAUCCUGCUGUGGUCAAAAACGUACGCAAAGCUACUUGAGUGGAUUUAUUUUUUAAGAUAGACAGAAGGAAUGUUUAGUCAAAUCUAAUGCAUGAGGCACGAUGAACCCAUCGCUCUGGUGGUCUGAUGGAUGUUUUAUAUAAUAUUUUGAGCAAAAAUGUUUUGCAGUACUUGAAGAAAUACAGCCUAUUUUGAGUGGAGUUGAAAACAAAAAUCCCCUGCAGCGUGUCCUUCCAAAGCAAAGAGCUUUUGUGACGGCAUAAGUCUCACUCUGAAGCUUACUGGAGUCACACACUAGUCACGGUGUUCCUCCUGAAAUCUGCAGCAUCUUCCAACCUGAUAUGAAGUUCAGCUUUAACUCGUUGAAACUCAUAUUAUUAUUGACAUUAAAAGGGUCAAAUAUUCCUGUUUGCAGUGUACCUUGAAAGUCUACUGUAACUUUCAAAACUCGACACCUUCUUCCCAGCGUUUAUUGAAACUAAGCUUCAAAAAUGCCUCAUACAACUUUCUGAUGUCAGACUGCCUGCAUGUUAACUACAGCACACCUAUUGGGUGUUCAGAAACGGAGGUCUUAAAAAUGCCAACGAAAACAACCCUUUUUAAUUAUAUGAAUCGGAUAGGUGAAUAAAUGGUCAUGAUAUACUAAAUUAUGACUUUACCAACAUUAUAAGUAAACCUCAGAGGAAAAAAUGUACAAACUAAAUAGAAAUAUGAUAUGUAUGGAAGCCUGUUUCUGGCUUGGAAUAAUAAGAUAAUUGUGAGUUUGUAUCCCCCAUGCCUUCUUUUCUCAGAAUUCUGAGAUAUAAAGUCCAAUCCUGAGGGAAAAAAGUCAGCUCACAUUUUCUUACAAUUGCAAGUUUAUAUCAUACACUUCUGAGAAAAAAAAAGUCAGAAUUACGAGAAGUAAACUUGCAAAUGCGAGGAAAAAAAGUCAGAAUUGUGAGGGGUAAAAUUUACCUUUUUAUAUUUUGCAAUUGCGAGUUUAUAUCACGCAAUUCUGACUUUAUAACUUGUAAUUGCGACUUCAUAACAUUCCAAUUCGGACUUUAUAACUCACAAUUCUGACUUUAUAUUUCACAAUUGCGACUUCAUAUCACGCAAUUCAGACAUUAUAACUCAUAAUUGCGACUUUAUAUCAUGGAAUUCGAACUUUAUAACUCGGAAUUGUGAAUUUAUAUAAUGCAAUUCGGACUUCAUAACUUGGAAUUGUGAGUUUAUAUCUUCCAAUUCGGACUAUAUAACUCACAUUUCUAACUUUAUAACUCGGAAUUGCGAGUUAAUGUCUCGCAAUUCUGACUAUUACAUGCAAUUGCAACUUAAUAUCAUGCAAUUCGGACAUUAUAACUCGGAAUUGCGACUUUAUAUCAUGCAUUUUUCGGACUUUAUAACUCACGAUUCGGCCUUUAUAACUCGGAAUUGCAAGUUUAUAUCACUCAAUUCGGACUUUAUAACUCACAAUUCUGACUUUAUAACUCGGAAUUGCGAGUUUAUAUCUCACAAUUCUGACUUUAUAACUCGGAAUUCUGACUUUAUAACUCACAAUUGCGACUUUAUAUCACGCAAUUCUGACUUUAUAACUCGCAAUUCGGACAUUAUAACUCGGAAUUGCGACUUUAUAUCAUGCAUUUUUGGACUUUAUAACACGAUUUGUCCUUUAUACCUCGGAAUUGCAAGUUUAUAUCACUCAAUUCUGACUUUAUAACUCGCAAUUCUGACUUUAUAACUCGGAAUUGCGAGUUUAUAUCUCACAAUUCUGACUUUAUAACUCGGAAUUCUGACUUUAUAACUCGCAAUUGCGACUUUAUAUCACGCAAUUCUGAUUUUAUAACUUGCAAUUGCGACUUUAUAUCACGCAAUUCUGACUUUAUAACUCGGAAUCGCGAGUUUAUGUCUCGCAAUUCUGACUAUUACACGCAAUUGAGACUUAAUAUCACGCAAUUCAGACAUUAUAACUCAGAAUUGCGACUUUAUAUCAUGCAAAUCGGAGUUUAUAUCACACAAUUCAGACUUUAUAACUCACAAUUCUGACUUUAAAACUCGUAAUUGCGACUUUAUAUCAUGCAAUUCGGACUUUAUAACUCGCAAUUGUGAGUUUAUAUCUUCCAAUUCGGACUUUAUAUCUCGCAAUUCUGACUAUUACACACAAUUGUGACUUUAUAUCACGCAAUUCCGACAUUAUAACUCGGAAUUGCGAGUUUAUAUCAUGCAAUCCGGACUUUAUAACUCACGAUUCGGACUUUAUAACUCAGAAUUGCGAGUUUAUAUCACACAAUUCAGACUUUAUAACUCGUAAUUGCGACUUUAUAUCAUGCAAUUGCGAGUUUAUAUCUUGCAAUUAUGACUUUUUUCUCGCAAUUUCGAGUUUGUAUUGCGCAAUUACGAGUUUAUAUCUUGCAAUUCAGACUUUUUAACUCGCAGUUCUGAUAUGAUCUGAUAUAACUCGGAAUUGCGAGUUUAUAUCUCAUAACUUUGACUUUAUAUCACACAAUUCGGACUUUAUUUCUCGCAAUUGCAAGUUUAUAUCCCUUAAUUCUGAUUUUAUAACUAGCAAUUGCGAGAAAAGUCAGAAUUGCGAGGUAAGAAGUCGCAAUUAUCUUUUAAAUUGUUUUAUUCCAUGGUGGAAACAAGCUUCUAUACCCUUCAUUAUGUCCCACCUUCAAAAAACACUACUGACCAAUCCUGCUUUAGCAACUGGUGCAUCCACCGUAUACCAGACAACAGUCCUUAAAAGGAACUUCAUAGAAAUCCUACAAAAAUGUUGCCACAGCACUUAUAAUAAUGACACCAGAUAGAUAAACGCAUUAAUUUCCCUUUCCCAUAUCUAAAGUUCAUGCAGAUUAAACUUUGUCGCUCUCAUUCCAAAUUGAACAUAAUUCACAUUCUUCAAAGAUUUUACUCGCAUUACUGUGUAAUUUAACCAUUUCUUUUAAACAAAAUCAGCAGAUAAAUAAUGCUUUGCAACGUCACUCUUUACCACUUCAUGAGCACAUUUUGCUAAAAUCACGCAGCAUUCUGUAAAGCUUAUCUGAGCGAGUAACUGUAACCAAGGUAGUGAAGCUUAGUGAAGGGUCAAUUGAAAAUGCAUCGGACUCUGGCAGUUGCACAUUUCGGAGAGUAAGAUCUAUUUAAUCUUCAUCAUAAAUUGUUAAAAGCAGGAUAAGGUGAAUUUCAAGUUGUGACCCAAAUCAAUAUAAUGCCUAUGUUUCAAAUGGCUGAAUUCAGUUUCAUUGUUUCUUUGUUUUGUUUUUUUGUACCUGUAAGAGGCACCUGCAGUCCCUGCAGAUGAUGAUGGAGCUCUGACUGACUGAUGGCCUUCUGUAAAUACUGCAGGACUGAUGAGUGAAUGUAAUCAAUACUGUCACAAACUGCUUCAAGAUGCCUGUUAGUUUUUACGUGUACCAAAGGUGUACACCAUCGGAUAUGGGAAUGUUAAACAUGGCUUCCAAUGGUUGUGUUGACAUGCGCACUGUGUAGAGAGAUUGAGUUUGGAGAUGUAAGCUACAUUCUAAUGGUGCUAUCUUAGGCAGUCAUGCACUUUCUGAUCAUGUGCGCAUGCAAGUGUGUGUGUGUGUGUGUGUGUGUGUGCGUGUGUGUGUGUGUGUGCGUGCGUGUGUGUGUGUUUGCUCUGGAGUAAUGCUACCAACCCCACCUACGGAGUCAGAGUUGAGAGGAUCUUUUCAGCACCGCUCACCUCAGUCACCAAGAUCAUCCACAACCAGUUGUCUUUCCCCUCAUAUGCACUAUGUUUAGAGACUAUUAUUAUGGUUAUUAAUAUUAUUGCUCCUAUUAUAUUAUUAUUGCCACAAUUAUUGAUUAUUACCAUGGUUAUUUUGUUAAUUAGAGUUAAAUUUUAAAUUAACUUAUAUUUUUUAUACAAAGUUUAGCAUUUUUGUUUUGUACAGAACAAAUUGUACAUUAUGGAAUAAAGCAAAUGGUCAUUUAGAGAAACUGCAUACUGUUGCCUGAGAUAACUGUCUCAACUCUAAAUGUGAGAGCAGUAAUUAGUUUUAUUAAAUAUUUCUGACGAAUUCAAA